AUGUCUUAUUAUUCUGAGGUUGUUAAAAAUAUUGUUAUCGUUAACCCUCCAAGGGUUUUGAAUGUUUUAAUGAAGAUAAUUUCAUUAAUUUUGCCAGCCAAAGUAAUUAACAGAAUCCAUAUAGCUGUCCAGCAUUCUGAUAUACCCAAAUGGAUAUCUAAUGAUUCUAUUCCUGUAGGCUAUGGAGGUUUAAAAAUUAUUAAGGAUGCUGAAGUGCCUGAAACUGGGUGUAAUAUACAAAAAGAAUUGGGGAAUGACGAUUUUAGAAAAGAUGGAGCAAUAUGGGAAAAAUAUGGAAUAGACCAAAAAACUGUAGAUUAUGAAAAUUGUUUGAUAACUGCUGGAGAUAGUUAUUUACAAAUUUUGGAAGCAAAGAAAGGACAGACUUUAAUUUUUGAAUAUUUUGCCAACCGAAAUUUUGAAAUUAUUGUUGAAGAUGAAAAAGGAAAUUAUUUGCUCCCACGAUUCAAAAUGUGUUCACCUCUUUUGGCUGAAGAAGGCGCUGUUCUCAUCAAAGAAAACGGAAAAUUAAAUUUUGAGCUUAGAAACUUGAGUAGAAUGAUGAAAAUGAAAUUAAGAAUUGCUCUACGUCUAAUUAAUUAA